AUGGCUCCUAAGAAAAGUUUGGCGUGGGAUCAUUUUGUGGACAAAGGAGAAAAUAAAGCCGAAUGCAAGAUGUGCAAAGUAAUUAUAUCGUACAAAUCUGGAGUGUCAAAUCUUACCAAACAUGUACAGAGAAAACAUAUUUCUGUUGAUUUAGUGAGAAGGGAGCAAGAUGUGGAAUGUCAAGAGGUACGGGCGCAUGCUUCACAAAAUAUCUACACAAUUAAGGACAUCCAAUACGCCACUGCAAAUUAA